AUGAAAGAUGACAGGUCUUCAAAAGAAAAAGGGUCAAUCGAUCAAAUUAAGGUUAUAUUUUUGGUAUUUCAUCAAUUUACCUGUUUUUUUAGGCGAUUGAAUUGAACAAGUACAAUUUCGAUGCGAUUUGGCCGUAUAUGCGAAAGAAAAAUCAGGUCGGCCAACGUUAUAGCGAUUGAUUUGGUUUGAGUUUGAUUUUUGAAUUUUUUAAACUAAGAUUUAAAUGUUUUUAAGUUUUUUCCGUGUUUUGUUUUAUAGGAAAAGUGAACUUUCGUAAAAUUUUUUGUUCAAUUGUGGAAAAUAAAUGACUGAUUUCUACAAUAAUGUUUAAUUCAGGAACUAACCGGAUUGGGAUUUUCUCAAGACUUCCGGGAUAAAGAUAUCAAUCGCCGGUAUAGUAACCUGAGAACCACGGCUUCAACGAGGUUUUUUUCAUCGAGUUUAAAAAAAUUAAAUAAAAUUUUCAGAAGUAUUAUUUCCUUGGGAGUAGCGACCUAUAAGUUCCUGGACCGAAACCUGGAUAAACGCGUUUUUGAAAUUUGA